ACAGGACCGGUACAGUACCUGUUGAAUAUAAAGCGACACAUUGAAAGAUUAACGGCGCUAGGACCCUGACCGAUCUCGCACUAUUCUUCUCCACAGUAGCGAGCAACGGUGUUCACGACGUACAAGUAUCAGCCAUCCUCAUAAGGAAGCGAAAAAACACCAUGCAGAUAAAAUAGGUUGAGAAAGGUUUUGAAGAUGGAUCGCUUCAGUGGCAUAUAAACAUGGGUUUAACAGCAGACACCUGCAAACAAGAUUUGUUUCACAAGCAGUAAUGUUCAGCGCUGUGAGCAUCAUGACAGACGGGGACUACGACUACCUGAUCAAGCUCUUGGCUCUGGGGGACUCUGGAGUUGGGAAGACCACAUUUCUCUACAGAUACACCGACAACAAGUUCAACCCCAAGUUCAUUACCACAGUGGGAAUAGACUUCAGAGAAAAGAGAGUGGUGUACACCGCAUCAGGUCCAAAUGGAACCACAGGAAAGACCUUUAAAGUCCACCUGCAGCUCUGGGACACAGCUGGACAAGAGAGGUUUAGGAGUCUCACCACAGCCUUCUUCAGAGAUGCCAUGGGCUUCCUGCUCAUGUUCGAUCUCACCAGCCAACAGAGCUUUCUCAACGUUCGCAAUUGGAUGAGCCAGCUGCAGGCCAACGCGUACUGUGAGAACCCGGACAUCGUGUUGGUCGGAAACAAGGCGGACCUCACAGACCAGAGAGAGGUUCAGGAGAAACAGGCCAAGGAGCUGGCUGACAAGUAUGGGAUCCCAUACUUUGAGACAUCAGCGGCGACAGGCUCUGAGGUGGACAAGGCCGUCAUCACCCUCCUGGACCUGGUCAUGAAGAGAAUGGAACAGUGCGUCGACAAGCCCCCCGCAGAGCCCGCUAACGGGGGUGGGGCCACGAAGCUAGAAGACGCCUCGCCUGACCAGAAGAAGUGUGCAUGCUAGACCCUCGCCACCACGCCCCCUCCUCCUUUCUCUGGUUGGCCUCCUCUCGUGCCCCCUCUGGUGGCCAGACGGAGAAGAGCAGCAGCCCGGCCACAGCAUGUUUUGAGGUGGCUCGGUGCCGUUGCACCCGGCGACGCGGCGGUCCGGGCCGUUGUGUAAAAGGACCGGAUCCAAAUGUCUCCCCUUCCUGUCCUGUCUUGUUCCGUGUCCCAAAUGGCACCGUGUUCCCUGCAUAGUGCACUGUGUUUGGCCAGGGCUCAAUAGGGCUCCAGUCAGAGUAGUGUGCUAAGUAGGGAGUAAUGGGGGCAUUUGUUACGUCACCCCUGGCUCACUGGAGGGCUGUGCUUCAAGGCCUUUAUAUCCACAUUCUUCUUUGAAGUAUUUGUCCAAAAUAUUCGACUGCCUUGGCUGUUUGGGCCGCAUCCUUGUGCCAUUACCACCAUUCUGUUGGGGCGUUUAUUCAUGUGGGAUGUGGAUUUUGGUUUAUUUUAUUUGGAUAUGCAUUUUCUGUGUAGAGUUUUUGGUGUCCUUUGUCUUUGGUUACAUUAUUUUUCCUCACACUAAUUUACUGUUAUAGUUCCCGAAUAACAAGUGUUUUUGACAACAAAGUGUCUAGGAAAACGGGCAUAAGACACUAGCAUAUGACUCACUUUACCCUAUUGUAAUAUUGCACAAUCAAUACUCACACAAUAUUGCAUUAUGUCAGGAUAAUUCAACAUUAAGGCACAAGGUGGUGUGGUGUAAAUAUGGCCUCUAUAACAUGGCUAAGGGUUGCUUUUGGCUUGACCCAACACAAAGUGCACAGAUGAAUUAGCCCUGGCAUAUUGGCCAUAUACCACAACCCCCCUGAGAUGCUGUUAUGAACGUAUGUCUUAUGUUGUAAAACGGUCUCUUAGCCAAAUCAGCCUUCAGGGUUUGUACCACCUGGUUUAUAAUACAGAAUACAUCACCAUGCAGAAAAUCUCUCUCAAGAAUACUGUCAGGCAGUGUAAUCUGUACAACUCCAGCUGCCUACAUCAAUACCAGAAAACAGUUCAAUAAUGGAUAACAGAUCUAUAACUGCUGUUGGUUUGUCUGUGUGCCAAAAUCACCUUCAUAACGGCCUCUGUCCGGAGGUUCUGUCGUGUUACCAAGGGAGUCUUUGUUACAAACGUCCCUGACCACUGAUCACUGUACCACCACGUAGAUGCUCUGCUGGAACUACUCCGUCAUGUGUAUUCAUUUCUAUUGGUCUGAUGAGUCGUCUCAAGGACUCCCUGGGGACUGGCCUUGUACCCCUAGGGGGUCCCAGUGACCCUCGUUGGGGAACCAUUAAUUAGAACUCAAGGUUUUCUUGUGAGUUUCUAGAUGACGUUAAGGGCAAGUAGCAGGUCGCUUCUACAAGCUUUACCAGACCUCCUCAAGCCUGACUAGAGUUAAGUGUUUAUCUACAAGAUUAACCAGACCCUCUUCUCUCCCAUCCUCGAGCCUGACAAGCGAUAACACAACGAAUGAUCCUCCACCUUUCUUACUCUUGAAUGUAACGUCCCAGGCUUUUAUAUGAGAAAAAGUAUCACACCAUCAGUGACCAAGACCGUGAGUCAGUCCAUCAGUUCUAACCACUAGAAGUUUGGGGUUUUUUUUAAGAAGAGAAGGUUACAUAGAUAAGUGUAUAUUGUUCAGGAGUGGAAUGUGAAUUAAACACAUUGUCGUAGGUCAUGUUUUGGUUUAAAAUAUGAAGUUCUUUGCUGUUUGUUUUGUGAUUGGGUGGUAUGGUGAGAAAAUGUUAGUCUUUUACCAAUGGAGUUUAGCUCACUAUUCCUCUUUUCGAGGUUAUCAGUGGAUGUUUGUUUUGUAUAUUUUACUGAAGUCACACACUUGUACAGUAGUGUCCCACUGCUGACUGGUGUUAACUGUUAAAGGUGAAAACCAGUCACUCAUCUAUCGAAAACCUCUGUCCAGCUGAAAAGUCCAACAGUAAAAACAAAUCACUGGCAUAAGAGAAAAAGAGUGAAAUCUGAUGCUAGCCAAUUCAUUUUUAAACAGUUUGUUUUCAUGGGGAGCACAACAAAGCAGUGGUCACGUGACUGGAGUGCAUCUUUAAUUAGGUUCAACAAUACAUGGUUAGGACGACUCGAUAUUCAUUUGAAAAUCAACAAAUGAAUGGGACAAGCGAGUUGCCCGAAAACAUGACCAGUAGCCGGGAAAUCAAGAUGUAACUGGUUGUAGUUAAAACGCCUAACUUAAUGGAAACACAGCACUGGCGCCGGGCCGGGGUGCAAGCUGUCCUCAUGCUGCCCCACCCCCCCCAGAGAGUCAUGGGAUAUUCGAAUCCCUCUUGUAUUGUUGAACCGUGACCUUUAACUGGAAGACGCUGUUUUCUUUGCUGUUGAACAGUUUUUGGAAAUCACUGUAUUCAUGUCUUUCCAUAAGGUUUGUUCAGAAAAGCAAGCUGAACUGCUGGUCUCUUUUCUACUGUAGAGGAGUUUAUACUAGUGACCCUAGCUAACGCUUGAUCUAAAUCCAAUGGAAAUAGAAUGACCAUAACAUGUUCAUAGAACCACGAUAAAAGUAUAUUUCUACAGAGAACCACCAGUGUAAGAGCAAAUUGAUGUUUGUGAUGCAUGUCCAUUUGCACCAGAGGACAAGCUAAAUCACAUUUCUGUAAUUCAGUGGCAUGCGUUUAUAUUCACAAUCAAAGGCUAAGAGUUGUGUUUCUGGCCAAGCGGCAGAACCAAACCCAGUGCCAAACAAGCUGUGGGUGCCAACAGGUUCUUCCUUGCUGUCCCCCUGUUAUUCAUCCUCCGUACAUUCUGUGGCUUCAUCGGCAACAUGCUUAUACUAAUAAACCGCUCUCCAAGAACACUGUUAGUCUCUACAGCGAGCAUUGCAUGUCCUCAUACAACCACUGUUAUUCUUAGUUUCCGUGUCUACUACACUAAUUAUGUCACCGGAGCUUUACGUGGUAUGACCAGUUUCUCUAGAAAUAUCUUGGAGAAAAAUGCCUUUGAAUGUGACAAUCUUUGGGACCAAAAUUAAUGAUAAGAUGUUUCCGUCUGUUCUCAGUCGUUUCGACUCCUGAUGUUUAAAACCUUACUGAAGUGGAUCACAACAUAAGGCUUGUCUUUACACUGGCACCUGGUGUAUUUUCUUACUGUAACACUUGAUUGUUUAAUCCCCCCAGUGCCCCAGAAAACGAUCAUUUUCACAUUGUUGUAUUGUAGUGUUGUAAUUGCUGUAUUAGAAAUUCCUAAUACUGUUGUUCAGGAGUAUAUUUAACUAAAUGACGCCCUAUUCUCUAGGAGGUGCACUACUUUUGCUCAGAGCCUUAUGUAAAGGUAGGCGCUCUAAAUGAGAGGUGGAUGUCAUUAGGGACCCACCCUAAGACAUGUUCAGCUCCGUCUUGAAAGUUUACAUUUUGUGGACGUCUCUGUGCCUGUCACAACAUUUGACAAAUAUCAUAUUGUAGUCUAACCCUUUGUAAAAGUUGUGAGCUGUUACAGAGAUUUUAAUGCAUUCAAUUAUAUUUAGCAAAGCAAGAAUAAUAUAUGUAUAUGUACCCAUAAAGUAGGUUUGAAUGAUUUAAUGACCUCUGAGAGCUUUUGCAUUUGUUCACGUACGGUAAAAGUUAUCUUAUGUACCCCCCCCCCCCAAAAAAAAGGGUUGAAUAGUUUAAUUCCAAUGCCUGCAGUUUGUUCUGAGUGUGUGCACUAAUGCCAAUGUUCAGUGUGUGUAUGGGUUGUUGCAUCUUUCAGUGAUUCUGAGCAUGAUCAGUGAUUCUGCCUGGGAAUGAAGCUUUGUUUAAGCUAGUCAGGUGUCGCGGUGCUGUGCCUGUCUCGGUUCGUCGGACAGAACACCUAGCCUGGUUCCAAAUCUGCUUGUGCUGUCUAGCUAACUUCGUUGCGCUGUGUCUGAAACCCGUCCUUGUCUACUACUUACUAAAGACCCAUCCUGAGAAUGUGUGGUCUAGUGUGCCAUCGCAUUCAGUCCUGCCAUUCACUGAAUUUAGUUUUCCUUUACUUGGACACGUCAUGUUUGAUGGCGAUCCACAGUGCCAACCACUGGAGGUCUGCAGCCAGGCUGUCCCCUCUCUGCAGCCAGGCAGACCGCUGAUGCCACAAAUUACCACAAGGUCGAAGUUCCAAUAGGAUUUGUUUUCUUUUGCAACCAUUUGCUGUCCAGGAGUGUCCAUUCAGAAAGGCACCAGUGGAAUUGUCACAAAAGUGAAAACCCCAGCUUCACUCAUCCGAGAGCUCAAAAACACCUUCAGUCUCUGACCAGAAUCGCACAGAUCUGUACCAGCCACUGGGGAAACAUGGUGGCGCCAUUCUGGAUGAAUUGCUCAAUCUCAAUGACCUGACUGAAUGACAUUUUGUGGCAUAUGUCAUCUUCAGUUAAAUGUGUCUGGUUUCCAGCACCUCUAUUGAUCUGGUCUCUGUUGUUCAGAUGUGUUGCAGUUUGGGAUAGAAUCUGCUGUGUUUUUUGCUUGUAUACAAACUGUCUUCUUUUCUCAGUUGGAUGUAAUCCUUUUUUUUAAUAGAGUGAAUAAAGUUUAUUGAAACCAUCAA